GACAGUUCGCGUGGAUAGAGAGAUGAAUUUGGCGGAUUUGGAUGUAGUACACGCCGCUCAGCGGAACACUUGCGAAGCGCUGCCGCGCUACUAGACUCCAGCCGCUGCUCCUUACCUGGCGCUGAUUCCUUUGAGUUUCUUGAUUCGCAUUCGCGUCGUGAAGCAAAUCAGCUGACAACGGCAGGCACGUGAGGGGAGGUGCUGCGGUCUUUAGGCUCUGCCGCAGGAGAGAUGGCCGAGGACAAGACAAACCUGAUGCGCGGGGAGCAGCCGCCGGCCCUGGACGAUCCCCACGAGGGUCCGUCCAGGAACGAGGACGACGUCGAAUACGAGAAGCCUCAGUCGUGCGGCAAAGCAUUCUGCGAUCCCAGCACCCGGGCGCACAGACUCAUCGUUCUAGUCUUCCUAUGCUUUCUGGCCUUCGGAAGCUACUACUGCUUCGACAACCCAGGGGCCCUGCAGACUCAGAUAGAGAACACGAUGGCCAUCAAGACAUCUGAUUUCAGCAGCCUCUACUCGUGGUACUCGUGGCCCAACACAGUGCUGUGCUUCUUGGGCGGCUUCCUCAUCGACCGCGUCUUCGGCAUCCGCAUGGGCGCCAUAAUCUUCUCAACCAUCAUCAUAGUAGGCCAGGUUGUAUUUGCGCUCGGUGCGCUGGUGAACCGGUUCUGGCUGAUGCAGUUUGGCCGUUUCAUCUUCGGGGUCGGUGGAGAGUCUCUGGCAGUGGCACAGAACACCUACUCGGUGUGCUGGUUCAAGGACAAGGAACUCAACACUGUCUUUGGACUGCAGCUGAGCAUUUCGAGGCUGGGAAGCAUGGCCAACUUCAUGACCAUGCCGUUCCUGUUCACGAGCUUCUCCAAGCUGUAUUCCGGCACCACUGGGCUCGGGUUCACCCUGCUUGUGGCGGCAUUCUGGUGCCUUCUGUCGAUGCUGUGCGCCGUGGUGUUGGCCGUGCUGGAUCGACGGGCCGCGAGGAUACUGAAGCGAGAGGCCGCCCAGACAGGAGACGUGGUUCGUCUCCAGGACGUGCGUGACUUCCCACAGACCUUUUGGAUGCUGUGCUUCGUCUGCGUCUCAUACUACGUCACCAUCUUCCCUUUCAUCGGCUUGGGAACAGUGUUUUUCCAGCGCAAGUUCAGGUUUGGCGCAGUGGAGGCAAACUUGGUGGACAGCAUUCCGUACCUGAUAUCGGCGUUCGCGUCUCCCGUGUUCGGCAUCCUGGUGGAUUUGGUUGGACGUAAUCUUCUGUGGGUGACGGUGGCAGUGGUGGGCACCCUCGUGAGCCACGGCCUGCUGGCCUUCACCUUCAUCAACCCCUGGGUGGCCAUGGUGUACAUGGGGCUGAAUUACUCGCUCCUGGCGUGCGCCUUCUGGCCUCUGGUGGCGAUGGUGAUACCUGAGAGGCAGCUGGGAACCGCCUACGGCAUGAUGCAAUCCGUGCAAAAUCUGGGCCUGGCCCUCAUCUCCAUGGUAUCUGGCAUGAUUGUGGAUUCAAGCGGCUACUUCAUGCUCGAAGUAUUUUUCCUGGCCUGGCUGUGCUGUGCCUUGAUAGCCUGCUUGCUGCUGCUCAUGGUGAAUGCCAAACAAGGUGGCGUCCUGAAUCGGGAUCGCACAAAGAAGGAUUAGUAUUUCUAGGUUGAAUGGACUCUCUUGUGGCAAUUGCUGCGAAGAUGGAGUGAAAUUUUGACAAGCGUUAUCUCGUGCUUAUUUUAGGCAACCCUGUACAGAAUACCCUUUUUAAAACGCACAAUUAAAGUGUCUCUUUUAAACUA